AUGACAAAUCCAGUUUCGCCGCCUCUGAGAGAAGCUAAGGCUGAACAGCAUCCGGAUCGAAGUGAUGACAGCAGAUCAUCGGUCAAGACUGUGGCCCAUGCAAUAGAACCCAUCGGUUUUAGGGAGUGGGAUAGCCCUUCCGAGGUCGAGGUCGAGGGCAAGAAUAUGACAAUGAUCUCCAAAGCUGAAUGGAAUCCCCGCGACUCUGCAGGACACAGCCCUCGAACCGCUGCGAAUGAUGGUGGAGCUAAGCUCAGUGUUUCCACUUGCGUUCCGUCUAGUGACUUAAAGGUGCAAAAGACGGGCAGUGCCGCAGUAGUCGACGUGCACGAACGCGCCAGUCGAACAGGCACCCGAGACACGUUGGCAGGAGCUUAG